AUGAUAUGACGUUAAACGUCGUUGUCAUAUGACCUAGUCGCGCGUUUACUCCUGUAUUGAUUGUUUGCAGGCAGCUGCGAAGCAACAUUACAUUUUAAGAAGAGGUUAACACUGAAGUUUUGUUCUUGGUUGGGCAAGGACACCCUUUUUGUGACCAGUCGUCCGCCUUUGGGUCUUCAGCAGGUUUAAUGUAAUCAGACACUAACAAUGGGGACCAAGAUCUUGUUAGCAUUUCUCCUGUUCGUCGUGGAAGAAAUGAAAGCCACACCCCUUCUCACUCUACCAGACUUUGGACAGGCAUAUCACGUGAAAGGUGUCAUCUCUCUUCCUUAUGCGGAGAUUAAGGAGCCUUUUGAGGCCUGGUUUGAUUUAAAGGGGAGUAGAAGCCGGAUUGAUUAUUAUCAUGGCCAAGUCUCUACCUACCAGCUCAGCUCCCAGAAGCCUGCUGGAGUUGCCUAUAAGGUGACCCCUGUUACCACAGAGACGGAAAUGAAUGUGAUGAAGUGUUUCCAGGUCAAUGGGACUACGGAGGACCCAGUCUUGCCCCAAGGGGCACUGCCAGACACAACAGCCUUCAAGUUUGUGCGGAUGGAGUAUUUUGCUGGCGCCCUGUGUGAGGUGUGGCAGAACGUCACCCAAAUCGGCUCUAAACAAAACACCUACAGCCUGUGGAUCACCCGCCCCGAGGGGGGGGCCUCUCCACCAACACCGGUUCACUAUGAGAUGAUGGGCUACAAUACCCUGCUGGGGUCCCAUUACGACAAGUACCUGUUGGACUACACCGAAUUCAACUCAAACACCCAGGAUAAAGACUUUUCUCUACCUGACGGCAUGACCUGUGGUUCGUUCCCUGGUCCCGGAGUAGAGCAUCGCCUACUGAUCAAUCCCAUUCGAGAUCUGCUCCACACAUCCCCAGUGGGCCACGCCCACCACCUGUUCAGGCAUUUUAAGGAUCGAUUUGCUCGUCAGUACAAAGACGAGAAGGAGCACGAGGAACGAGAGCACACGUUCGUCCACAACGUGCGAUAUGUGCACUCCAAGAACAGGCAGGGUUUGUCAUACACCCUUGCUGUGAAUCACCUGGCUGACCGCUCCUUUGUUGAGUUGGCUGUCCUUAGAGGCAGGUGUCACCGGACACCCAACAGGGGUCUGCCUUUCCCCCUCGAGCUGCUCAGCGUCACCCCGCCGGAAUCACUCGACUGGAGACUCUAUGGUGCUGUAACCCCAGUGAAGGAUCAAGCCAUCUGUGGCUCGUGUUGGAGUUUUGCAACAGCAGGUGCUCUAGAGGGGGCCCUCUUCCUAAAGACGGGGGCGUUACGGGUGUUGUCGGAACAGAUGCUGGUGGACUGCACCUGGGGCUUCGGGAAUAAUGGCUGUGAUGGUGGAGAAGAGUGGAGGGCAUACGAGUGGGUCAUGAAGCACGGCGGCAUCAGCACUACGGAGGACUAUGGGUCUUACACCGGCAUGAAUGGUUUAUGCCACUACAACACCUCAAAGUUGACCGCGCAUGUGAAAAGCUACACUAAUGUAACCAGUGGUGAUGCACAAGCCCUGAAGAUGGCGCUGUUCAAAAACGGACCUGCAGCAGUCAGCAUUGACGCCGCACACAAGUCCUUCACCUUCUACAGUCACGGAGUCUAUUAUGAACCUGCUUGCAAAAACGGGACCGAUGACUUGGACCACGCUGUGCUUGCGGUGGGUUAUGGGGUACUGGAUAACCAGUCCUACUGGCUCGUGAAGAACAGCUGGUCUAGUUACUGGGGCAACAGUGGCUUCAUCCUCAUGUCCACGAAAGAAAACAACUGUGGAGUAGCAACUGAUGCUACAUAUGUCACUCUGUCCUAAAGACAUUACAUAUGUCACUCUGUCCAAAAGACACUCUGUCCUAAAGACACUCUGCUCUGUCACAUUACAUAUGUCACUCUGUCCUAAAGAUAUUACAUAUGUCACUCUGUCCUAAAGAUAUUACAUAUGUCACUCUGUCCAAAAGACAGUCCAGAUUUACCACUACUGCUUGGAGACACACAAACAGCUUGCCAUCCUGUCUUACUUUCAAAUGAAAUGAGAGAUUCUAGAGCUCAACUGAUACUUUUUAUUAAAGAAAUCAAAUCUUUAUAUAAAA